CCCCACGGGUUUUGGCAGGAAAGUCUCCCUGUGUCACAGAUGAUUCUGGGAUCAGCAGUGGGAGCUGGGUCAGGGCAGUGGGUGACUGGGGAGCGCACGAGGAGCCCCCAGUGCCCCAUCACCCAUUCCAGCAGGGACUGGGCGCUGCCAGGCUGGCAGGGCUGGGCCCACCAGCAAAUCCCCCCUGGCCUGGGGCCACUUUCCCCUCCCUUUGUGGGCUCUGGCUGGGCACAGGGGGACCAAGUUCAUCCCAAACCACAAUUGCCACCUCUGCCAGCAGCUCCGGCCAUGGCGGAUGUGCUGGAAAUAACCCUGGUGAGGCCGUGCUCGCCCUCUGCCAAGGCCACGGGACCCUAUAAAGACACCCCGGAGCCAGGGCUGCACUCAGCUCAGCACAGGAAGGCACCAUGAAGUCCCUCGUCCUGCUGACCCUCUUGGCCCUGCUCACCCUUGGCCUCUGCCGCAGAGCCGCCGAUGGCUCUGCCAGCACCCAGGACUCGCCCAGCUCUGAAGCCUUCGUGUCCAGACGCGCCAGCGCCGAGGUGGUGCAGAGACAGAAGCGCAACUCCGGCUAUGGCAGCAGCGUCUCUGGAGCCCCGUGGGACCCCCUCGAGGCCAAGCGCGAGGUGUGCGAGCUCAACCCCGACUGUGACGAGCUGGCCGACCAGAUCGGGCUGCAGGAAGCCUAUCGGCGCUACUACGGCCUCGUGUAGCCCAGCCCUGCUCGGGGGCAGGGGCUGAGCUCCCCCAACCCGCCUCGGGCCCCCCUGUCCACCCUCUCAGCCUUUCUGUCAGCCCUGGAAAGAAAUAAAUGCAGAUGGUCGAGCCAG